AUGUUAAAGAGUAGAGGAGCUAGCGUGAGGAAGCAUCCGGUUAUUGGUAAAAUUGCUUGGGUUAAGGGAAUGAUCGAGCGGCUGAAGCCUAUAGAGAAAGGCAUUGGGGAGCAGGUCGAGGAACUGAUCAGUCGCUCGCAGACGACGGCUGGACCUGAUCCUGAGAUGGCUUAUCUGGACGAUAUCCUAGCUGGCCUUGGUGUUGAACAGUUGGAGGCCAUGGACGAGGUCAGUGAGGGGGAGGAAGAGGAGGUGGAAGGGGAAGGAGAGGAGAUGGAGGAGGAGGAGCCGGCUAAGGUUUCGAAGGCUCAACUGGUGGAGCGUCUUAGCCGUGGGAAGGAACCGGUGGCUGUUGAGGAGUCGGGUCUUGAUGAGGAGGGUAUUUUGGCGAAGAUGGCCGCUAGAGAUGAUGAGGAGGAUGCAGUGGCGUUGCUGAGGCCUAGGGCAGGGACUAGGAAGAAGGGGCAUGGCAAGCUGCGGGCUGAGGUUAAGGGUGGCAAGGGGUACGCUGGAGUGGGGUCGGUGAGCUUGGAUGAGGUGGCUGAGGUGAAGGACCUAGUGGAUGGUAGAGCCAACCUAGCGGACAUCCUUAACUCUGCUAAGCAGGUGGAGGAGGCUGCCUCUGGUCGUAAGGGGUGUGCAGGUGGUGAUGAUGAUGUAGAGGUUCGACAAGGGAUGUCGAUGAGAGAGAUAAGGGCUACUAUGGAGGAGGAGGAGGCUGAUGAUGCUGAGGAGGUGGGCAGGAGUCCAGAACACAGAGGAUGUGGGGGAAGAGGCAGCGGAGCCUUCGAUGAUGCUGAAGGCUCGGAAGGCGAGGGAUGCUAA